UGUUUUGCCUUUUUCCUUCUCUCUUUCUUGUUUUAAGUUUAUUGGGAUUGUUUUGUUCACCAUUUGUUUGAAGAAAUGCCUGAACGAUGGUUUUGACCCAGUUCGCUAGACCUUAUAAUUUCUGCUCAUUUUUGAGUUUACCUGCUACCCCUUGUAAAUUUUUUGUCCUAAACCCAAGAAAAAGAGUUCAUUUUCAGAGAAAAUCUGGGGGUUUUGAACUUGUUUUGGGUAAAAAGAUGUGUUCUUUGAAGUUUGUUGAGCUAAUUAGAAAGGGAAAAGAAGAGCAUAGUGUAUGUUGUUGUUGCUGUGGAGAAGGGUCGCUAAGUGAAGGUGAUAUGAAGUUAGAGGCGGAAAUUUUAGCCUUUAUGGAGAAGUCUCAGAACCCAGAUGCAUUUCCAACUAGGAAAGAUUUGGAAAAAGCAGGAAGAGUUGAUUUGAUUGAGGCUAUUAGGAAUAGGGGUGGAUGGUAUUCGUUUGGUUGGGACUCAGAAGAGGAACCUCCCACUGACCAAGAAAAUGUUCCUGAGGCUGAGGAAAUGGAUUUUGAUAUUGAGGAGUUACGAAGAAGAGUUGAGAAAUAUCAAGAAAGUGAUUCUGGUUCCGAUUUUUCGUCUGGGGAUUCUUCUCAGCCGGCUUCCUCAUCUGGUAGAUCACUAGAAGCUGUGGUUGAGGAAGAUAGCGUGGUUGAAGGGAUAUUGAACCGAUUAGAGAAAGAGAGAAUCUCAUCUCUUGGUAUUAAUACUAGCAAAUAUGGAUAUGGAGCUAAUCAUUCAAGUAGGGAUAACAUUGAUGACAGAAGCUCUGGAACCAGUACUACAGGUAGAGAUCCAUACAGGACUGACCUGGGAAAAAAUGGAGGCCUCACGACAUGUAGCCCCAAGAAAGGCGGUUUAAGUGAUUCAGGAGGUCAGCUUAACCACAAAUACACGCCAGAUAUGUGGAGAUCAUGGAGCACUCAACGUGCAUGCCCUGAAGGCACAGAUUUUGAAGUUGGUGAGGUAGAUUUUGAUAUGAGACCAAAUGGAGGUAAAACUGAAACUUCAAGAGAUGAUGUAUUUACCGUCACAGAGAAUAGUUCUGAAACUCCGGAAAGAUGGAUAUAUAACAACCAUAAUGAUAUAAGUACUCGUCUUCAGCAUUUAGAGCUUGAGCUAUCCUCAACACUUCGCUCCCUGAGAUCCAAGAGCCAAGAGUUCAGUUCAAUGGAGGUUCUUGGAAAAUCCCCUAGUGAUUUUCAGAAGCUUUCUGAUGCACGGGAGUUCCAGGAGAAUGAUGUCAUAAAUGCUCAGAAGAGAUUGCGGGCCAUACGUGCAAAACUUGCAAUACUUGAGGGGAAGGUGGCGUUAACAUUGACUGAUGCAGAGAAAUUGCUGGCAAAGAAGCAGAAGAGGAUUGAUGGUGCUAGGAAAGCUUUACAGUUUCUUCGUACUACUCAGAUUGUUUGGCAUAACUCUGCCUCAGAGGUUCUUCUAACAGGCUCUUUUGAUGGAUGGACAACUCAGAGGAAGAUGGAGAAAUUGCGCACUGGUGUUUUUUCUGUUAGCCUAAAGUUGUACCCAGGCAGCUAUGAGAUCAAAUUCAUUGUUGAUGGCAUAUGGAAGGUUGAUCCUUUGAGGCCUGUUGUUCACAACAAUGGACAUGAAAAUAAUCUUCUCAUUGUCACAUAACAGCAAGUCGCAGAAAAGUUACUCUAGGAACUGAUAGAUUAGUAACUGAUCCUAUGUGUUGUUGUCUUGUAAUUACUCCCAAGCAGCGAAUGUCACGAAAGAAUCUGA